GGCAAAGGCUGAUCCCAGUGGAUGCUCCAAACCAGGCCCUGGGUUUGCUGUGCCAAACCAGCCAGCAGCCACAUCUGAAAGCCAGGUGAGAGCAGCAGGUUGGUGAUUCUCUCACAGGGACUGAGCUGUGUGGGGCUGCUGGCCCUACCCGUGCUCUCUGCCCAGAAGCUGCUUGGGGGAUCCCUCUCUUGGUGAGGAAUCAAACAUAAAUGUACCCUUUGGGCUUCAUCUGGGCCUUUGUGGUUGUUGCGGUGCCCUGCCCGUGGUCACUCCCACUGACAGUUCACUGCACAGCAAAGGCAGGCUUAGUGCCUGCUCCACAAUGCAGGAAGAAACUAAGAACAUGAGAUGCCACAGACAGGACACUGACACAGCAGAUGAAGAACUGGUUUAGCUGUAACUCAAGUCUUAAACUGAUUGAAAGAAAAAUAGUGAGGCCUCUCCUGUCCUGCGAGACUUUCCAGCGCUUUUCAGUCACUAAAGGGCUCCAGAUGGGCUGGGGAGGGACUUGGCACAAGGGCCUUGAAUGACAGGACAAGGGGCAACGGCUUCACACUGCCAGACAGCAGGGUUAGAUUGGGAAUUGGAAAGAAAAUCUUCCUGCGAGGGUCCUGAUGCCUUGGCACAGGUUGCCCAAAGAAAUUGUGUCUGCCCCAUUCCUGAAAGUGUCCAGGGCCAGGCUGGAUGGGACUUGGAGCAACCUGGUCUAGUGGAAGGUGUUCCUGCCUAUGGCAGGGGAUUGGGAAGAGAGAAUCUUGGAGGUCCCUUGCAGCCCAAGUCAUUCCAUGACUCCAUGACUUCAUCAGUCUGUGACCCAGUGGCUCGCAGGGGUGAGCUGUGCUGCCUGGCAACGGGAGUUGUGAUGAAAAGGGGCGUGAGCAGAGCAGGCUCCAGUCCUUUGAUGGACAAGGAAGGAGGAAGGAGCCUGCUGGCUACUCAUCCUUUUUAUUAUUGCUUUUGCUCACCCCUGACAGAGCCAGCUGGGCAGGAAGGAUUGUGAGAAAUCAGGGACAGAGUCCCUGUCUGUGUGUGCAGACAUGGCAACAUCCCUGGACACACUCAGCCUCUCCCAGAUGCUGGAUCUCGCCAUCGGGAUGCCCCAGAAGGGAGCCAUUCACUUUGCAGCCUUGCGAAAACUGCUGCAGGCCGUGCUGGAGCACCUGGACGUGCAGUACCUGAGCAGCCAGGAGCCGUGGCCGGGCCAGCUGAGUGGCCCCUCACUUGCUGACCUGGCCACUGACAUGGGAAAGAUGAAGAGGGAGAUGGAAGACUACAAGAAACACAUGUCCAAGCUUCUUCGUGAGGAGAUUGCUGGCAUAAAGGCAGAAAAUUCCCGCAUAUCAGAGGACAUGAAGAAGUUCCAGGAGACACAGACCAUGGCUAUUUCCCAGCAUCAAGAAGAGAUUGCAAAGUUAAAGGCUGCCCAUCGUCAUACGGCAGAGGAAAUGAAGAAGGUCCAGAUGUCGCGGGACGAGGACACGACUCUCAUCCGGGAUCUCCGUGAGGAGAUUGACAAGAUCAAGACGACUCAGAUGUGCAUGGAAGGAGACAUAAAGAAGAUUAAGGAGUCCCUUGCCUUAAUGAAGAAGCUGGAGGAGGACCUUAAAAAGCUGAGGCAGGAUUCAGCCAAGUGGAAAGAAGAGAGCAGUAAGGAGAUCUCUCAGCAAAUAGAGGCUUUGCGGCAGGAGACAAAACGUGAUCUGCAGAAGAUGGGAGAGCAGCAGGAGAUGAGGAAUGCCAUGCUGGAGCAGCUGGUGACAGAGACAGCUGACCAGCUGAACGAGCAGGAUCGGGAGCUGAGCCAGCACAUGGAAGCCAAGUUUUUGCAGAUUCAAAGGGACUAUGAGAAACUCAGCUUUGCCUCAGGGAUGCUGCAGAAGGACUCUCAACAAAAGCAGAAAGAAAUCACGAUGCUGUUCCAGUCUCUGGAGAAGCUGCAGAAGGAGAAAGCAAAUGUGCAGGACAUGAUGGCAGCAAUGGACAUGAAGGCGGACAAAGCUGCCUUGGGCAGCAAAGUUGAUUGCAGCCAGUUUGAAGAGAACAUGGAGGAGCUGGAUGAGAGGAUGCAGGAGUUGCAGAGCCAGAUUUCAGACCAGGAGCAGCACUGGAAUGAGGUGCAGCGUCAGUUCAGUGAUGCAAUUGAAGAGAAGCUGGAUCGCCUGGAGCUGAAGACUUUCCGUAAGCACCUGGAGGACUCCUGGAGCAGGAACAUGGAGGAACUUGAGAAUAGGCUGAUGCGUGAAAACGCUGCUGGCAUUAAGAAGCAGCUGCCAGUCCCUUUCACGUGCCUGUCCUGUGACCGCAUGCUCACCGUGCAGGUUCCUGGCCAGUCCCCCAAGACACUCCCGUAUUUGCAGCCGCUGCCCCCCAGCAAGGAGCCACAGCACAGCCAAAGGAGGCCGGUGGCCCAUGGCAGUGUCCCCGGUGUGCCACCGAGCUCUGGGGACCAUCAGAGCAGCAGUUUCAAACUGCCACCCACUCAGGGCUCUUUGCGGAACAAGGCAUUUCUGCAGGGACUCGUGACCCUCCCCAACAAGGCCCUGCCACCUCACGGGAUCACCGGCCAGGCACUGCCCCCCGACACGUCUCCAGGACACCGGAGCUCCUCCAGCCACUCCAGCCCCGUGAGACUUCAACAGCGCUCAAGUAGCCGGGCAGGACUGGGAACCCAGUGCUCCACCAGGGACAUCUUCUCCGCAGACAGAAAAGGCUGUGACAAUUGUUGUCAGAGAAAUAAUUUUUCAUUUUAUUCAGUUAAUAAAAAAACCUUCAGAAAGACAGGCAGAGCCUUCUCCCACGGUCACUGAAAACACGGGGAUAAAUCAAACUGGCUUACACUGUUUUUACUAUUAGCAAUCAGGCAUCACUUCAUUCCCAGCACCGGGAUGCAUGGAAAUGGCUCCACUCAGCAUGCACACCCACUUUCUAAACUUUUCACUAUGUAUUUUAAGCAAAGCAAUUAAUGCUCAUUGCCUAUAAAUUACAUAUUUCUCUUCAUUAAUUAAUAUCCUAUCUUCCUUUUGGCUUUGA